AACUGAAUGAGAAGCGCACAUGAAACAGUCAUAUGGAAUACAAGUUAAUUAAAAGUUUAUUUUUGGUAACGUUUCGACGAGGGUUUAUCUAAGAAUGAAUGACAACCAUAGUACAGUGAAGAUAUAUAUAAUACACAAUAUGGAACAAUAUGGAACAAUAUGGAACAAUAAAUACAUUUAUAUGGGAAAUAUCUCAUAUAAAUAAGAGAGUCAUUUUACAACCAGGAAGUUGUUUAAUACAAGAUGAAGUUUAAUAAUAUUAUAGAGAUAUUGGGUGAUUUUGGUAAAUACCAGAAACGGUUAUAUUAUUUACUGUGUUUACCAGCUGUAACUAACGCCUUGCUGACUUUAAUAUCUGUAUUCACACUGGCUAUACCCGAUCACAGGUGUCGUCUGUCUCAACCAUACAAUGAUACGUCAUACCAACCACGUGACGUAUUACAUCAAUUAUACGUCAAUCAUUCUAUACCACGUGAUACUGAUGGUAAAUGGUCAUCAUGUAAGAGAUAUGACGUCAAUUUAACAGAAAUUACUGAACGUUCAUUGGUUCAUGUAAAUAAUACACAAGAUGACUGUAAUAGCUGGGUUUACGAUAAAUCUGUAUUUAUUGAUACGUUCAUGACAGAGCAAAAUAUUGUUUGUCAAUAUACCAUAUACCGUUCCCAUGCCAACAUGAUCAUGAUGGCCGGAAGAUUCGUUGGAUCACUAGGCUUUGGAGUUUUUGCUGAUUUACUCGGAAGAAAAGUGGCCUUAAUGGUCGGAAUUGUCCUGCAGAUUGCAGUGUCGUUUGCUACGGCAUUUGCUCCGAAUUUUACUGUGUUCAUGGUCUGUCGAUUCUUCAUUGGAUUUGCCAGUUCAGGGACAUUCAUGUCUGGUUUUGUUAUCGUCAUGGAGUUAGUUGGUCCGUCGAAGAGAUCUCGGUCUGGUGUGGUGAUGAUGAUGUUCUGGUGUAUCGGUUUAUUUGUACUGGGAUUGUUGGCCUACUUUAUACGAGAUUGGAGUAAUCUACAGCUUGCUGUAUCUAUACCCAUUGUCUUUUUACUAUCAUUCUACUGGUUGGUACCAGAAUCUCCAAGAUGGCUGAUAUCCAAAGGAAAGACGAAAAAAGCCCAGAAAAUUCUCCGUAAAGCUGCUGAGGUGAAUAAAGUGAAGCUUCCGGUUAAUUUGUUUGACGAGGAAACUUUGGCUAAAGAUAAAGGAGGUCAAACCAAGGUCUGGCAGAUGUUUACAUCACCCAUCCUGCUCAUGAGAACUCUGAUUAUAUUUUUCAAUUGGAUGGUUGUUAGUAUGGUAUAUUAUGGUCUUGGUUUAAAUGUUGGUAAUCUCGGUGGCGACAUCUACCUAAACUUCACAGCUGCUAAUAUUGUAGAAACUGCUGCGUACGUCCUGUGUUUGAUUCUCCUGGAUAGAUGGGGUAGAAAAGCUCUACAUUGUACGAGUAUGUUACUAGGUGGAAUAGCCUGUAUAUUAACAAUAUUCCCGGUUUUAUAUCUUGAUGAAUCAAGCGAAUGGAUUGUUAUAACUCUUUCCAUGAUUGGUAAACUUGGUGCUUCUGCUGCCUUUGCUAUUAUUUACAUCUUCUCUGCUGAACUUUAUCCUACGGUGGUCAGAAAUUCUGCCUUGGGUGCUAGCUCCUUGUUUGCCCGAAUUGGAGGAAUGGUGUCCCCUUAUGUAGCCGACCUGGGUAAACUUGUUACUGGUGAUUUUGGUACUGCUCUACCACUGUUGGUAUUUGGUGGAGCUUCUGUAGCUGCUGGUCUCUUAUCUCUUUUACUACCAGAAACACUGAACCAGACUUUACCAGAGACAAUUGAAGAUGCGAAACAGAUAGGCAGAAAAAGCGGAAAAAACAAAUAUCGAGUAAAUCUGACACAAAAUGAAGAAGAACAGGGAAAAUACGAAUUGAAGGAGAAAUUUUAAAAGCACAUCCAAGACCGGAUUUAAACAUCAGUGGGUCCCCAAAAUUAAAGAGAUUUUGGUGUAUUUCAGUAUCCAAUAUACCUGGUUAUUGAGAACCUGAUGGUUUUGAAUGUAUUAUACAGGCAAUACGCUAGAUCAAUGGGCUACGAUGCCUAGUGGUAAUUCCCACCCUGGGAACAUAUCAUCUUGUUUACAUAUCUUUAUACAACCACCAUUUAUACUUUUCACUACAUUAGCAUAAUAAAACAUA